AUGAAUAAGGCGGGCUCGUCACCCAGCACCAAAGCUGAGGCCCCGGGUGUGUGCCGUCCGCGCGCCGUCGCUCGCCAGGGCCCCGGGCCCAGCGACGCCCGCAGAAUCCCCGCGGACCGACUGGAACUGCAGAAAACCUCCGACCGCCAAGGCGGGGUCCGGAGUCCGGACGACUCGGACCCGCGGGCAGGUGCGAGGAAAGGGUCCCAGUCGUCUCCUCCCGCCGCCAAGAGACUGAAAAGAGACGCCACGGAGAAAGAGAGGAAACGCGAGGUGGACGAAGAGGACGUUCAGAAGAUGAAAGUCCUGAUGUUGUCUAUGUCGGAGGAGCAGCUGCACCGCUACGAAGUGUAUCGCCGCUCGGCCUUUCCCAGGGCGACGGUGAAACAUCUGAUUCAGAGAGCCUCCGGCACCUCGGCGUCGGUGCCGUCGAAUGUGGUCAUUGCGGUGGCCGGACUGGCCAAGGUCUUCGUCGGCGAGCUGGUGGAAGAGGCCCUGGAUGUGUGCGAGAGGUGGGGGGAGACACCCCCGCUGCAACCCAAGCAUCUCAGGGAGGCUGUUCGCAGGUUGCGCUCCAGCGGAAAAAUCCCCAACGCCAAGCCCAGGAACAUCCUGUUCUAG